CUUCUUCCCCAUACCUCUCUCUCUUCCCCCCGGUGUUCUUUUGGUUUCUUAAUUUCAGUGCAUGAGCUUUGGAAAACAAUCAUGAUCUCUCCUAAACAAAGUUGACCCAGAAUAUCACAAGAAGACAAACUUUCUUUGCUGUCAAAAGAAAAGUUCAUUUCUUGACACAAGAAGAAGAAGAAGAAGAAGAAGAAGAAAGAAGAAAGAAGAGGAGAUUGCUGAGAUUUUGGUUGAUUGUAUUUGGUCAGAUAUAGCAACAAAGAGAUGGGAUCUUUCAAGGGUCAUGCUUUGCCAGGGACUUUAUUCUUUGUUGUAGGUGUAUGGCACAUAUGGAGUUCCCUGGUCCGGUAUGUGUCAAACCCCAAGUCUUUUGAGGUCAGGGUGUGGAACCCAGUUCCUGGUUUUAAUGGGAAGUUGAAGCACUUGGAGCUUUAUGUUGUAGCCAUUGGUGCUUUCAUUGAUCUGUGCAUUGAGCUUUUGUAUUCAACCCACCUCAAGUUUAUUGUCAAUGGAGGCCUGAAUCCAUCGCACUUGAAUGAUUUUGAGCAUUCAGGGAUGCUUCUCAUGUUUUUCCUCUUAGGUUCCAUCGCUUUGCUUUCGGAGAAAACGAGUUUUGUUUCCUUACCACAAGGAUCCCUUUGUCUUAUUGCGGCCGCAGCAUUCACCGCAGAGUAUCUGCUGUUCUACUUUCACUCAACCACUCACAAGGGCCUUGAAGGAUACUACCAUCUUGUCCUUGUCCUUCUAGUAGGACUUUGCAUUUUGACCACACUUGCAGGAGCUAUCUUGCCGAAUAGCUUCCCAGUUGAUUUGUGUAGUGGAAUUGCAGUAACUCUCCAAGGCCUCUGGUUCUACCAAACCGCUUUCACCCUCUACGGCCCCAUGAUGCCGGACGGAUGUCGACUCAAGAAUGAUGAAAUUCGUUGCCAUCCAGCAGAUAGUGAAGUUCGAGGUCAGUUAAUUGCUAACUUCCAGCUCUUUUCUCUGGUGCUGGGUGUGGUUGCUGCUGUUGUGGGGUCAUAUGGUUUUGCAGCUUCAAGAUAUGGGAAUUUUGAUCUUAGAAGCAUGCAAUCAGUUCAGCACGGCUGAAGUUUUCAUAGCAGGUGAAAUAGAGCUUACAUUACUAGUACUAUUAGUUCAUCAGAAUCAACAACAACAAAAUAAUGAUGGUGAUGUACAACUACACAAGACAGAGAAUCAAUUAUACCUCAA